UGUAUGUGUGUGUGCGUGUCUGCUGUUUUGGCGCCCGGAAGGAAAUGUAAUGUGUUUGAAAGCUAAGACACAAGAAUGCCAAUACAGGCGCCCCAAUGGACAGAGUUUCUCAGCUGUCCCGUUUGCUGCAACGAGUUUGCAGCGAAUCUACGCCCACCGAUCAGUCUAGGAUGCGGUCACACCAUCUGUCGCACCUGUCUCGCCACACUCCACCACCGGCAGUGCCCGUUCGAUCAGACUGUUAUAUCGACUGAUUUAGAUUAUCUACCGAUAAAUAAUGCAUUACUGCAGUUGGUCAGUACACCGGGAGCCUCGUCCUCGGCGUCGUACGGCACGAAAGGAUCAGCAGGAGGAGGAGGAGGAGGAGAUGGAACGAACAACGCUACCAGCAAUGGUGGCAGCGCAUCGCCUGGAGGAGGAAGCUCGCAGGGUGCUGUUUGUGGAAGCAAUAGCAGCACCAGCAGCGCGAGUAGUAGUAGCAGCAGCAGCAGUAGCAGUAGUACCAGUAGUACCAGCAGUACCACUAGUAGCAACGACUCAACUUCUUCCUCCGGUAGUGUAAAUGCCUCGCCAACCGCCAAUAAUAAUGCUCCCAAUGCUUCCGCCAGCAUUACCGAUCCGGACCUCAACUCGACGAGCGUCCAGAGUCUCAGUCCCGAGAAUCUGCAGUACUACAAAACGGCCAAGGCAUGUAUCGAAGAGCUGGCGCUCUACCUUAAACCCUGCCCACCAGUCAGUAGCGGUACAUCGCUGGCAGCGGACCGUGGUGGUAGCAGCGGCAUCGUCAGCUCGUCUGGACCACCGUCCGGGGCUAGCCUGUUGUCGCGGCAGAUGCAGCGAAAGCUGGUGAUACUGGUCAACUGUCAGCUGAUCGAGGAUGAGGGCAGGGCACGAUCGCUCCGUGCCGCUCGCUCACUAGGCGAGCGCACGGUCAUGGAGCUGAUCCUGCACCAUCAAAAUCCGCAGCAGCUGAGCACGAACCUGUGGGCGGCCGUGCGGGCCCGCGGCUGUCAGUUUCUCGGUCCGGCCAUGCAGGAAGAGGUGCUAAAGUUGGUGCUGCUAGCGCUCGAGGACGGUUCUGCCCUGUCGCGCAAGGUGCUGGUGAUGUUCGUUGUGCAACGGCUUGAGCCACACUUUUCACAAGCGUCCAAAACGAGCAUUGGGCACGUGGUGCAGCUGCUGUACCGUGCGAGCUGCUUCAAAGUGUCGAAACGGGAAGGAGACUCUUCGUUGAUGCAGUUGAAGGAAGAGUUUCGUACGUACGAAGCGCUACGGCGUGAACACGAUGCACAGAUCGUGCAAAUUGCGACUGAAGCAGGAUUGCGAAUCGCACCCGAUCAGUGGUCCUCGCUGCUGUACGGUGAUACGGCACACAAGUCGCAUAUGCAAAGCAUCAACGACAAGCUGCAAACGCCACAAUCGUUCGUGCAGUCGGUGCAAGAACUGAUUAUCGCCCUACAACGCACCGGUGAUCCGGCCAAUCUGUCCGGGCUGCGCGUGCAGUUGAAACACUUGGCGGCGAUCGACUGGAACAGCGAGAAUCAUGUUCCCAGCUGGGCGGAAUGUGCAGCGGCUCUGCAGGCGGUGAAACGUGUCGUGGCAGGACUGGUGGACUUUGUGCAGCAUCAUGGCAAUCGAAAGCUGCAGGAGGCCGGCCAUCUGGCGCACAAUCGAAACUACAAGAUCAGCUUGUGUCGGGAUCUGAACAAUCGGGGCACUUGUCCGCGUGGAUCGAACUGUACCUUUGCACACUCGGACGAAGAAUUGGAAAAGUACCGGACAAAGCUGCGGAAGAGUCAUGGGAGUAGUGCAACGGCAAGUUUGCGUAUAAUGCCAAAUGGUAAAGAUCAUCAUGCGGGAGGAGUAGUCGGUAGUAUGAGUGUGACAGGGCAGGGCCAGUCAGGAGGUGUGAGUCGAGCGCGGUCGGCUGUGGACUACCAUGGACAUCCAGGUGGUAGUAAUGGUGAUGGUGCGAGCGGUGGUAGUAUGCACCAAAGUUCGUCCUCAUCGCACGGUUACCAUUCAUCCGGAGAGGAAACAUCGUCCCCGGUACGUUAUCAAAAGACAUCUUCCGUUGGUGGAGGAGGAAGUGGACGAGAAGGAAGCCAACAAAGCCAUCGAAUGCUCGAUAAGAAUCACGUGGGAAGUCAGGGCAGUGGGUUGGGUUCCGGAGCAGUCGGAGGACCCGGUGCUAAUGGACCAGCAGGAGGUUCUCAUCCAUCGUCGUUUGGUGGUGGAGGAGGAUCAGUGUCGAUGAAUGGAGGUCCCCGUAGCAUUUACCCUGGAAGUGGUCCAGGAAAUGCAUCGAGUCAUUAUCAACACGCAGGUACUGGAAGUGGCGGUAGUGGAAUGGGCUAUUCAAGCCGCGGCUCUUCGCAUCAUGCAACAGGUGGACCUGGUGGAAGUUCGUCUUCACAAGGUGGUGCUCAGCAGCACAAUUCACCGCAAGCGAUGAGGUUCCGUCCCCCUCCACACAUGGGUCCGGGUGGGGCGAAUGCCAACGGUGGGGGAAGUUAUCACCCUGGUCCUGGAGGUCCCGGUGGUUCCAUCCCACCGCAUCCCAAUAUGCAUCAUGAGAGGGACGGAGGUAGCCAUCUUCCAGCCGGCUACCCUCAACAACUUCCUGGCACACAAUCAGCAGGAGGUCAUAUGUCGGGAGCACACCAGAUCGAACCACAUCUUCAUCACAGUCCGCUAGCAAACACAAUGCAUCAUUCACCGUACUUUGGUAGUGCUGGUGAAUAUCCCGAAGGGAAGCAUGGUGCAGAACAUGGACCAAUUCACGGUCUCCCUCAUCACCAUGGCCAUAAUCAUGUUUCACAAACGCGACGACCUCCGAACUACGCCGCCGCCGGUUGGGAUAAUCUUGCUAGUCCUCCACAUCAUCAUCUGAGGGGUGAACAACAUCAUGGAAUAUCAUCCGGCAAGCUGGGACCGUCUAGCCAUCAGCAACAACAGCAGAGCGGUAGUUUUGGAAUGACGGGCCAUGCAGGACAACAUCCACAUCCACCGUCUGGUGCCAUACCUUACGGUCCGGCAGCAAGCCCUAAGAAUGGACACGCUAGCAGCUCAACCACGCCAAUGGGAUCGAAAUACAUGGGAGGAAUGCCUCAUCAAUCAGGACAACAAAACUACCAUCACCAAAAACCUGCACCUCAGGGACGUGACUACAAGGAAAAGCACCAAAGUAGUCGAGGAUCGCAUCCAGUACCACCACCGCACGGACACGGUGGACUCCCAACGAUAUCUUCCGUCGGACCGCCGCCACCAUAUCCUGCCGGACGUAAUGGACCGCUUCCACCACCGCCACCAGCACCACCGUAUCUAUCUUCCCCGUUACCGAUGACUGGACCGGACGCCGUGGGCAAGAGUCCUCCGGGCCAAAUGCCACCACCACCACAUCACAACGGUUACAAUGGGUCACAGGCGGGCACCUAUCAGCAUAAUCUACACCAACAACAGCAGCCUCAUAAUCAUCAUCAUCAUCAUCAUCAUGCGCAUCAUAUGCACCACGGUCCUGGGUCUGUGUAUCAACUGCAGCGACAAACAGCUGGCGAACCAUCAACGUAUCUGCCCAAGAUGCUGUUCGAAUCGCUCGGAACGACUGGGGGAGGGGGAAACAAAAAAUCCUACAACCAGCAGUUGAUGAACCAACAUCUGAACGAAAUUGGAAUGGCGAAUCCGGCAGCUGGUGCUGCUGCUGCUGCUGCUGCUGCCGGCAAGGACAUGUUUAUCCGAUCCGACUCGUUGCUAGCAGACGACGAUGCGCUUCUGGUGGCCGAGCAAGAGUUUAACAAUGCAGCUCAGUAUGGGCCUAUCUCGCGCAUGAACCCGAUCGGUACGGAGCGUAUCGAUCUGGGCCUGACACCGCGCAGUCAUCCGAGACAUCAGCAGCAUCAUCAGCGGGGUGGUCUAUGGUCCACUACGUCUUCUUCCUCGCUCGGGGACAAUCCGUCACCGACGGGUGGUGGAAACGGUAGUUCUUCCGCCAGUUCUCCAUUCUAUGCAGGUAGUGGUAGCAGCAACACACAGCCACUGAUUCCGUCAACGAUUCCGCAAGCCCAAAAGCACUCGAUGCAGCAAGCGGGGCAGCCUCAUCUUCCAUAUCAUGCACAGCAGCAGCCACCAUUGCCACCUCAUCCAUCAUCAUCUGGUGCGCUUGAGAAGAUGGCACCGGAACCGAACAAUAACUCGAUCGAUUUUGAUCUGCUGCGCGUUGGCGAUAAGAAGACGCUAGAGUACGAUUCAGCGAUAACGAUGGCCGAUUGUUGCGAUACCGUACCAACCUCGGGCAGUGGUAGCAGCGGGUGUGUGGAGCAGGAUUUCUUGCUUCAAUCGUUUGUUUCACCGACAGGACUAGCCGGUUCACAUUACGGACAUCAGCAGCAAGCACAUUUCCAUACGGUAAUGAUGAUGUCAACGGAUAGGAGUGGGUCACCGCACCAAGCACAGCAGCAUCAGCUGCAACACCCGCAGCAACAGCUUUUAUCGAAAGACCGAUGUAAUAAUGGUGGAGGUCCUGCAAUGUCACCCGCCUGUGCCAAUGAUGAUCUUCGUAAACUGAACGAUAUGAAGAGUCCACAAUCAUCGCUUUCGGGCAUUCAGUCACCGGCUAUGAUUAUGUCGGUAACAUCUGAAUCUUCCGUUUGCACGACACCACCGAACAUGUCCGCCGGUGGUCCGAACGGUGGUACAUCCAUGUGGAACAAUUUGCUGGACCUGUCCAGCUUCAAACCACCAUCCGAUGCGAUGAACAAUCCAAACACAGAUCCGGAGCGAAGCUUUACCCACGCUGGACGUAACAAUGGUAAUCCCAGUUAUCAGAUGACAGCGUUUCCUUCAGCAUCUUCCACCUUCACACGCUCCUCUACGGAGCAGUACAAGCUCCCGAAACUAUUAAUGGAUACCGCGACGGUAGGUCAGCAGCAGCAACCAAGUUUUCUAGCCCAAACAGGUAAAAGCACUGUCGCAACAGCAGUGGUAAGCGAUACGCUUGGUGAUGUAGCCCGUUUUCAUGAGAUGAUCAACACUAGCCAACCGGCAUCACCGAGCUGUUUGAGCGAUCGUGUCAGCAGCGAUGAUCAGCGCAAACUAAACGCGUUUAAGGAACUGAACGAGCUAAGGAUUCAAUCGGGAAUGCUCACUUCCGUGACGGCUUCCUCGUCUCCAUCGGUUGUAUCAUCUACCGGCGGUUCCGAUGGUGCCAUCUCGCUUCACGUCGACCAAUCGGCAACAUCCCUGUGGAACAAUCUGCUCGAUCUACCCAGUCUCAAGCCUACCCCACUGUCAGCAUUAUCAUCCGGGGUUGGUUUGGAACAGGCAACAGCUGGGGCAACUGAUCCACUGCUCACCGGUAGCAAUUCCUCCAGCCAGCUCAGUGCGCUGUUGAAUAGCAGCAAUGGCAGCAGCAGCGAGGAUUCGUACGAAGCGGGUAUGGCGGACGAUAUCCGUGAGCUUGAAAUGCGGCUCGUAUCGUCGGUGCUACAGAACGACGAGAAUGGAAUAUAACAU